AUGAAUUAAUAAUUGGGAUCUUAUGUUAAAUUCUUCCAUAUAAUAAGAGAAUUAGGAGAUAGCAAUUAAAUAGAUGUAAAAUAGAAAUAAAUUCUUAAAGUAAAUUUUACAACAAAAGAAAAAAAACUAAUGAAUAUUUUGAAUGAUUUAAGUAACAAUCACAUAAAAUGUUUAGAUGAUGAAGAUGAAGAGGAAAUCAAAUAUAGUUUGUUAAACUAUUUAAAUGAAUUACCAAAAGAGAAGUAAGAAAUACAAAGAUAAAUGAAACGAACUAGAUCUAGUAUUACAGAUGUUGAUCUCAUUAAAGGUGUUCAUUAUGAUGAACUUAAAUAUACAGAUACAGUGGCAGAUAUGGAAAAAGCAUUAAAAUUAAUUACUCAUUUCCAUUCUAAAUUAAAAGAUGGAUAAACUAUUGAUCCUAAAGUCAAUGAAAUCUAUGAUAAUAUUCAUAAUCUUUUUAGUUAAACCUCACCUUAGAAUGUAAAUUCUCCCGUUCUUUUAGGAAGAGGUUAAUCACUACCUUUAGAUAUUAAUUAUCAAAUUGAAACUGAACUUAGUGAAGCAUAUAAAUAGGUCAAAUUUCAAUUCGCUAAUUAUAUGAAGAGUCAUUUAUUACUUAUGGAUGAAACUGUCUCUUACAAUACAAUAUUUAGUUUACUUAAAGAAUUAAGCAAAAAUCUUUUGAAUUGUGAUAACUUUAGCUUCUUUAUAUUAAACUCAAAUAAAGAAAUGGAACUGUACUAAUCCAAAACUGACAGCAUUGAAUAAGUUCCUAUAGAUAAAUCCAUAAAUGAUGAAUUAGAAAGUCUAUCUGAAAACAAAAUCUUUAAAUUCUCUAACAAUUCAUCUUUUUGUUCUAAAUUAAUAUAAAUAAAUCAUCUUUCAUCAUAUGGUUUAUAUGCUAAUAGUGUUGUCUUCAUUUAUCAUUCAAAAUAGAAUAAACAACUUGAAUCUUAUGAUAUUUUAAAGUAUCUUACUUUUAAUUAAUUAGAAUUGCUAACGAAUAUUAAUUAAUAGAUGAAAUUAAGAAUUUAUCCAUGUUCCUAUUAUAAACUAUUCAAAAUGCUAAAGUAUAAUUCUUUAGUCCAUUAUCUAUUGCUGAUAUGAUUCUAGAUCUUGGAAUCUCUUUCGUCAGAGCUUCUAAAUUUGUACUCAUUGAAAAAAUGUAUAAUAUUCUUAUUCACACCUACAAAAUUGAUAAGUAAUCAUGAUUUAAUGAUAGAUUAUAAACAGACUAAUAAGAAAUAUAAGUUUGGGAUACUGAAAGUGUUUACAUUGUAUUUAAAGAUUAAACUGUAACAGUAUGUUUUAGAAUCUAUCAAAUGAAUCUAUUAAGAUAAGGUGAUUAAAGAUUAUAUUCAGAAAUCAAACAUUUCUAUGAAAAAUAUCUAAGAUUUAUCCGAGAAUGCUUUGAUAAAAGUGCUUUCUAUAAAUUCUUUCUUAGAUCUAAUGAUUCACUUAUUUUUGAAUUCGAUAAAAGUGGUCAUUUAUUAUUCCUCUCAAGACCUAUACCAUAAUUAAUUAAAACAAACUUUAACAUAUAAUUUAAUUCACUCAUGAUUCACUCUAAUCUAUUAUCAUAUAAUAAAAUAUUUGAUUAGAGUGUUGUAUCUAAUAUUGAAAAUUAUCUUUAAGAUCAUAAAUGGAAAAUGAUGAAAGAUAAUGAUAAACAAUAUGAAAUAUUUUUAAAAAUUGAAGAAAAAACAUAUAAAGGAUUUGCAGUGAUUUUUACAGAAAAUAUUAAAGGAUGGGUUAAAGAAUAAUUUAAAUAAUUGGAAUCAGGUAAACAAUUAGAUUAAAAAAUAAAGGCUAAAAUUAGAAAAUAACUAAUCUAACAUGAAACAAUUAAUUUUGUGAAUAAAUUAGAAGAAAAUAAUCCAGAAGUAAAAGAUUCAGUUGCUUCAUUAUAUAUGCCAUUAUAAUAACUUAUUCUAAAAAGAUCUAAAUCUAUUAGAGAUCUAUAAAAUACUCAAAUAGAACCAAGAAUGAGAAAAACAGAAGUUCCAUAAAAAUCAAAAUUCUAAACAAUUUAAGAAUUAGAUUUAAAUGAAUUUUCUUUAGAUAAUUAAGAUGAUUUGAUUGAUAGUUUUGAUUUCAAUAUAAUGGAUUUAAAUUCUUAAAUAAAAAAACAUAGAGUUGUUUGGGCUAUUCUUAAAAAGAAUGGUCAUUUAGAUGAUUAUUAAAUACCAUAUGAAAAUUUAUAAAGUUUUAUUAAAGAAAUGGAAUAUAAUUAUAAUAUCAAUAAUAAUCCAUAUCAUAAUUAUGAUCAUGGUAUUACAGUAAUGCAAACAGCUCAUUACUUUUGUAUGGAACUUGCCUAAAGUUAAAAUGGCAAUAUAAUAGAUAAUUUUAAUAGAUUCAUAUUAAUGAUAAGUAGUUUUGGUCAUGAUGUUGGACAUACUGGAAGAACAAAUGUUUUUGAAAUAAAUAGUUUAAGUGAUUUAGCUAUAAGAUAUCAUGAUAAAAGUGUACUUGAAUAACAUCAUGCUGCAUUAACAAUUUAAGUUAUCAAAAAUCCUUAAUGUAAUAUACUUAUUAAUCUUAAUUAAUAACAAUUUAGAAAUUUCAGAAAAGGUCUUAUUUCUAAUAUAUUAAGUACUGAUAUGUCAGAACAUUUUACUUUAUUAAAAGAUUUUGAAAAUAGACCUAAAGAUUUUAAUGAUUGUAAAAUUUUGAGUGGUUAUAUUAUGCAUACAAGUGAUUUUGGAGGUGCAGGUAAAAAAACCAAUUUGUCAAUUCUUUGGUCUUCAAGAGUUAACCAAGAAUUUAGUAUAUAGUAUAAAUUAGAAGGAGAAUUAGGAUAUCCCUAAUAAUCUUACAUGAAGGAUUUACAUAUUGUAAUUUAAUCUUAUUAUAUAUUUAAUUUAGCCACAUAUUAUGGCCAAAUCAGAAAUAGGUUUUCUUAAAGUCAUUGUUAGACCUUGUUAUGCAUUAUUAAGUGAAUUCAUCGAAGAUAGACUUAAACAUUGCAUUAGUAAUAUUGAUGAUACCAUUUAAUAUUGGGAGAAGAUCGUUAAAAAAGGAGAAGAAUAACAAUAAUGA